AUAGAGACUGCAACUCAUGUACGUUUAGUACCAGGUGUUCUGUAGCAACCAAAGUGCGUAUGGAAAGUAAAUUUUCAUUGAGUCGAACGGUGCAGACCUAACCGCAGAGUCGACCCACGGCCAACUUUCGUCUGGAAGAGGACAAACUGCCCGUUUCCAAGGAGAAUGGCUUCAUCUUUCUGCCUCGUUUUCUGCAUUGCGUUACUCCACGGACGUGUCGAAGCGGUGCUGGAUCUGGCAGGCCACCUCUACUUGACAGUGUCUUCACUGGAGAAACCCGUACAUCGUGCGCUCGAAAUCAACUGGUACAGUUUACCGCAAGGAAUUAGGCGCGACGCUGUAAUCAAGCUGUACAGUCGCGAUGACGCCCAGUCACCGUGGUCGGUCCUAGAGACCCAUCAUAUCAGUACCGAAAACGGUACCUUCAGGACUAAUUGGAGCUUUCCCCUGGUCAACUUCGCCCCGGACAAGAUCAAUGGUUCCGACGACUGCAUCAAGUACAAGGUGUCCCUUAUUCGUCAUAGUCUGCAUGACGAUGAGAUUGCCAUGACAUGCAUUCGAGGUAGGGCCACUUGGAUACGCGACCAUUGUUCAUCGCUGUCCUCCUUCAAGCUAUACGAAAUAAUGUUGCCAGCCUCUCACAAGUCGGGCAACUAUGACAUCCUGAAAGCCGACGUCGUGGUUCCCGUAGAAAACGUCGUCGACUACCAAGAAGAAAACAUUCUCGAUCAACUAGUGUACGGAAUACGAUUCCUGGACAUCAGGGUUCGGCUGUACAAUUCAGACUUCUGGGUUAACCGCGACGACAUCAGAGGUCCAAUCACCAUACGAGAACUGCUGAGAACAGUUAAAUCCUUCGUGAAAAUGACAGGGGAGAUCGUAGUCGUAGACUUUCACCGAUUCAUCUUCGAUGACGACAACGUGAUGCGCGAUCACCGGCGACACCACCUGCAGCUUGAGAAGCUAAUCCUCGAGGAGCUCGAAGGCGUGAUAGCCCACAAGCACGCGGCCACGACUCCUAUCGGCGAGCUAACGAACAACUGCAACGCGGAUUGGCCGGGAACAGUCGUCGUGAGCUACAACGAGGAUUCAAUUCGCUCCACGUCCGAAUACUUUCUGCCGGGAUCCAACCAUCUCUGGGGAGGUGCCAGGGACGCUCAGCAUCUGGAGAGGUACCUCCAGGACAGGAUCUGCCUGUAUACGCAAGGGGUUCAAACGGUUGCCAUGGCGUCGCUGCACGCGCUGUUUCCGUACCGCACGAAGACCAACAGACAACUUGCCCAAGAAGUAAACGGAGCCGUCACGCAGUGGUUCCGAGACAAGUGGUGGCAAUGCGCCAAUGUGGUGGCCACGGAUUUCUUUCUGGGGAACGACAUGAUCGACGUUGCAAUCAACUCUAACGUGAGACGCAGUAAACGGGUUCAUUAGCGAA